UACACGCUUUUUACUGGUAAAAGCGGUUGCACAAAGGAAACUGAAGACACGUUUUCCUCUUUCUUGAUAAUAAAUCUGUAUUUUUUUUUUUUUUUUAACCCAGAUGAUAUCAAAGACUUGUCGAGUUUUGAAUCAAAUUGAAGGAAGUUCGCAGUGUUUCAAGGGGGAAGCAAUGGAUCUAAGAUCCAUAUCAUAUUAGAAUCAAAAGAGGCUGAACUACUAAAAACUUCUUGCAAUGGAUUAUAGCAAUGGCCGUUUCUUGUCCAGUAUGGAUUUUCCAAUUGUUUUCCCCCUACUGGUUGUUGGUACCAUCACAUUAAUUAUACUUCGGGUUAUUUACAUUAUAUACCGAAGCAGCAAACCGGUUUAUUCUAGGUCACCAGGACCCCUCAGUACACUUAUUAUUCUGGGCUCAGGUGGGCAUACUGCAGAGAUGCUAAAUUUGUUAGCGGUUUUACAGAAAGAAAGGUUUAAGCCACGAUAUUAUGUUGCUGCUGCAACUGAUAAUAUGAGUCUUCAAAAGGCUCGCUUUUUCGAGGAUUCCUUGGUGGAUGAGGCAGGCAUUGACGUAGUAGGAACUGCUCAUUUCAUGCAAAUAUAUAGGAGCCGAGAGGUUGGUCAAUCGUACAUAACUUCUAUUGGAACAACCUUGAUUGCUAUAGCGCAUGCAUUGUGGCUAAUGGUUAGGAUGCAGCCCCAAGUGAUUUUGUGCAAUGGCCCUGGAACUUGUAUACCCCUAUGUGCAAUUUCAUUUCUUUUAAAGGUUUUCGGGAUUAGGUGGUCAUCAGUCUUCUAUGUUGAGAGCAUAGCUAGAGUGAAGAGGCUAUCUUUGAGUGGAUUGCUUCUUUACAAACUACAAUUGGCUGAUCAGUUGUUUGUGCAAUGGCCGCAACUAAAAUCGAAGUACCCUCGAACUAAUUACGUGGGCCGUCUUAUGUGAACUGGUUUCUUUUAUGCACCCGCUGUUACGCUUGUCAAGCUAGCUCCUAUUAUCUAUAUCAUAGCAUAAUAUUUUACCCAUGGAAAGUAUUAAUUAUUUUCCAGAAGUUAUUGACUCAUCUAAUAAAGAUAUAUAAUACUUUGAAACAGAAGUUUGGGUA